AUGAGUCCUUCCAAAGAGUCCACUCAGGACACAGAUGCGUACCCUCCGCAAGCCGUCUACUCAUUAAGGGACUUCACAUCCCCCGCCGCGCUGGAGCCGUUCUACCAGAAUUAUCAGUUUGGUGUACCAAUCGCAUUAGAUAUUGGUUCUUCACAAGUUAGAAUCGGCUUGACUAAUAGCACAUUACCAAACAAUGUGUUUCCAUCAACCACAGCUCGUUAUAAGGACAGAAAGACGGGGCAGAUGCUCACGUUAGUAGGAAAUGAUGUCUACAGAGACCCAUUGCUGAAGUCUUCCAUUAGAACCAUUUAUGAUGGAACGGUUAUCACCAACUGGGACCAUGUGGAAUAUUUGUUGGACUACUCGUUCGAACAUUUGGGUGUUCAUAGCGAUAAUGGAAGAGUGGACAACCCCAUAAUUAUGACUGAACCGGUGACACUGACUGUGGCCCAAAGAAAAGGAAUGUAUGAGCUUCUCUUUGAAGUCUAUCAAGCACCUAAAGUUACCUUCGGUAUCGAUUCUUUGUUUUCAUAUUACGCCAAUUGUGAUGGCAAACCCAAUAACGGGUUGGUUGUUGGUGGCGGCAAUGAACUGACUCAUCUUUUCCCGGUUCUUGAUGGUAGAGGCGUUUUGCUGCAAACCAAAAGAAUUGAUUGGGGUGGAAACCAGUCUCAACAGUUUUUACUGAAAUUAUUGGCAUUAAAGUAUCCUUAUUUCCCAUCUAAGUUGACUCCUGCUCAAACCACUCUUAUGUUCCAAGAUUUCAGCUAUAUUCUGGAUGACUACCAGGAGGAGUUGAAGCACUUUUUGGAUAUGGAUCAAUUAGAAACUAAGGAUGUGGUGAUUCAAGCUCCAGUAGAUUUAGGAACUCCAGAAAAGAAGAAAACAGAACAGGAAUUGGCCCAGCAAGCUGAAAGAAGAAGAGAACAAGGAAGAAGGUUGCAAGAACAAGCUAGACAAAGAAGGGCAGAGAAAUUGGUUCAGAAAGAAGAAGAAUUGGCUUACUUUGUCCAAUUGAAACAGGAAUUCGAAGUAUUAUCUGAAGUCCAAAUUCAAAAAAAAUUAGAGGCAGAAAACUUCGAAGAUAUUAACGAUUUCAACAAGUACAUAACGGGCUUGGAAAAGUCUAUCAAGAAGCAAAAAUAUGGUGAAGAUGAUGAUAGCGAUGAUGAGAUUGAUCCUUUGACUGCCUGGCCCCUCGUGGACAUUCCCGACGACCAAUUAAGUCCAGAAAACAUCAAAGAAAAGCGUAAACAGAGAUUACAUAAAGCCAACUUUGACGCCCGUCAAAAGAACAUAGAGGCAAAGAAGCAAGAAGAGGAAUUGAAGGCUCAAUAUGAAAAGGAACAAGCCGAAUUCAGGGAAAAGGAUUUGGAAGGCUGGUGCUCUACGAAGAGAAUUGAGCUUGCUAAAUUCAUCAAUAGAAUCAAGGAAAGACAGAAAAUUUUGGAUUCGUUCAAAGACAGAAAAUCUGUUGCAGCCCAACAGAGGAUGAAAAAUAUUGCUGAUUUGGCUAAUGAUGAAAGCGGCUCCACUAACGCUAACUCCAGAAAGAGGAGAAGGAAUGCAACCUCCACCAUCGACAAUGAUCCCAAUGAUACUUUUGGUGCUAAUGAUGAUGAUUGGAAUCUAUAUCGGGACAUUUCUAAUGUUAACCUUGAGGAGGAACAAGCCGAAGACCAUACUUCCGUUUUAGCCUUAGAAGCUGAACUUUUAGAUCAUGAUCCAAACUUCCACCAUGAAGACACUUUGGCUGCAACACUGACGUUCGACUGGAAGAACCUGGCUCUUCACAAGUUUAUACAUGGACCACGUCCCAACAUUUCGCUUGCCAUGCAAAUCGAAGGGAUUGACCCGGACGAAAUAGCCACCAAGCCUGAAAUCAUCUUAAAGAAUCAUCAAUUGCACUUGAAUGUUGAAAGAAUAAGGGUUCCUGAAAUACUAUUUGAGCCUCAUAUAGCUGGACUUGACCAGGCGGGAAUCUCUGAAAUUCUGCAAGACUUGUUUCUUAGAAGACUUGAUGGUAAUUUUAAGCCUGGUGGGCAGUCUUACAAUGUGGUGCAAGACAUUUUUAUCACAGGUGGAUUGAGUAGGUUGCCUAAUUUUGAUACCAGGAUUGUCAAAGAGUUCACCAGUUUUUUACCUGUUGGAGCUCCUAUCAGGGUUCGUAAAGCUAGAGACCCUACGGUAGAUCCUUGGAAGGGAAUGCAAUUAUGGUCUUCAACAAACGAAUGUGAAUCCAGUUAUGUCACUAAAGCUGAAUACGAUGAAUAUGGACCUGAGUACAUCAAGGAGCAUGGACUCGGUAACGUUUCGUUGUUGUAA